GCGGGCUGUUCUGAGGGAGUUUCAGGGCGCCGCCGCCGGGCCGAGGCCGAGCCGGAGCCGAGGAGGAAGAAAGGAAGAGGCAGCGCGCCGCUCGGCCCCUCCCUCCCCCCGCCCGCUGCUCACCGGCCGGGGCGGAUGCUUUGUGGGUAGGCGAGGCGAGGCGGCCGCCUGACGGGCGGGCGGGCUGGCUGGCGGCGGGGCCUGGGCCGAGCCGGACCGGACCAGGCGAAGAUGGUGCUGCUGAGAGUCCUCGUCCUGUUCUGCUCUUGGGUGGCCGGAGCCGGAGGUCAGUAUGGAAACCCUCUAAAUCAAUACAUAAGACAUUAUGAAGGACUGACGUAUGAUGUAGAUUCCUUACACCAAAAACACCAGCGUGCCAAAAGAGCAGUAUCUCAUGAAGACCAAUUUUUACGCUUAGAUUUUCAUGCUCAUGGAAGACAUUUUAACCUUAGAAUGAAGAGAGAGAUGUCCCUCUUUAGUGAUGACUUCAAGCUAGAGUUAUCAAAUAAAGUAAUUGAUUAUGAUACCUCCCACAUUUAUACUGGGCAUAUUUAUGGUGAGCAGGGAAGCUUUAGCCAUGGAUCUGUUAUUGAUGGAAGAUUUGAAGGAUUCAUCAAAACUCACACUGGCACCUUUUAUAUUGAGCCAGUUGAAAGAUACAUUAAGGACAAAGCCCUGCCUUUUCAUUCAGUCAUGUACCAUGAAGAUGACAUUAGAUAUCCACAUAAAUAUGGACCACAAGGUGGUUGUGCGGAUCAUUCUGUUUUUGAAAGAAUGAAGAAGUACCAAAUGACAGGUGUAGAGGAACCAACGGACCAGCAACCUGCAGAAGAUCAUACCGAUCGUGGCCCAGAGCUCUUCAGAAGGAAACGAGCUGCACAAGCUGAGAAAAAUACUUGCCAGCUCUACAUUCAGACAGACCAUCUAUUCUUUAGGUACUAUGGGACAAGAGAAGCUGUGAUUGCACAGAUAUCCAGCCAUGUUAAAGCAAUCGAUACCAUUUACCAGUCAACAGACUUCUCAGGAAUCCGGAACAUCAGUUUCAUGGUAAAAAGAAUAAGAAUCAACACUACUCAAGAUGAAAAAGACCCUUCCAAUCCCUUCAGAUUUCCCAACAUUGGCGUGGAGAAGUUUUUAGAGCUCAAUUCUGAGCAGAAUCAUGAUGACUAUUGUUUGGCCUACGUGUUUACUGAUCGUGACUUUGAUGAUGGCGUCCUUGGCUUGGCCUGGGUUGGAGCACCUUCAGGGAGCUCUGGUGGGAUAUGCGAAAAGAGCAAGCUUUAUUCCGAUGGCAAAAAGAAGUCCUUAAAUACUGGCAUCAUUACCGUACAGAACUAUGGCUCCCAUGUGCCUCCUAAGGUUUCUCACAUCACCUUUGCACAUGAAGUUGGCCAUAACUUUGGUUCUCCGCAUGAUUCAGGCACAGAAUGUACUCCAGGAGAGUCUAAAAGUUUGGGACAAAAAGAAAAUGGCAAUUACAUCAUGUAUGCAAGAGCAACAUCUGGGGACAAGCUUAACAACAACAAAUUCUCUAGCUGUAGUAUUCGGAAUAUCAGUCAAGUUCUUGAAAAAAAGAGAAAUAAUUGUUUUGUUGAGUCUGGCCAGCCCAUCUGCGGGAACGGACUGGUAGAGCAAGGGGAGCAGUGCGACUGUGGCUACAGUGACCAGUGCAAAGAGGAAUGUUGUUACGAUGCAAACCAGCCAGAGGACAAGAAGUGCAAGCUGAGGCCGGGCAAGAGCUGCAGCCCCAGCCAAGGCCCCUGUUGUACACCACUGUGCGACUUCAGGAAGGAAGGGGCAAAGUGUCGGAAUGAUUCUGAAUGCGCAGAAGAAGGGAGAUGCAACGGCACCUCUUCUUUCUGCCCAACGUCUGCAGCUAAGCCUAACUUGACCAACUGCAACAGAAACACGCAAGUUUGCAUAAGUGGACAAUGUUCCGGGUCUAUCUGUGAGAAGUAUGGUUUAGAAGAAUGUACAUGUGCCAGUACUGAUGCAAAGGAUGACAAAGAAUUAUGCCAUGUCUGUUGCAUGGAGAAAACACUUGCCGAUUCAUGUGCAAGCACAGGGUCUGCUCAGUGGAAGGACUACUUCAAUUACAAAACUAUUACGCUGCAGCCAGGAUCCCCUUGUAAUGAUUUCAAAGGCUACUGUGAUGUGUUCAUGAGGUGCCGGUUGGUGGAUGCUGACGGCCCCCUGGCCCGGCUGAAGAAGGCGAUUUUCAAUCCAAAGCUGUAUGAAAACAUUGCGGAAUGGAUAGUGGCACACUGGUGGGCUGUGCUGCUCAUGGGGAUUGCCCUGAUCAUGUUGAUGGCUGGCUUCAUUAAGAUAUGCAGUGUACACACCCCGAGCAGCAAUCCGAAGCUGCCACCACCCAAACCGCUUCCAGGCACUUUGAAGCGAAGGAGGCCGCCCCAGACGGCUCAGCCCGCCCCCCGCCAGAGGCCCCGAGAGAGCUACCAGAUGGGACACAUGAGACGUUAAGUGCUGGUUUUUGCCUUGGUUCUUCCUAGUGCCUACAGUGGGAAAAUUUCACUCCAAAGAAAACCUAUAUUAAGUCGUUGUCCCUGGUCUAACUUUCAACUCGAAUGCAGAAGAAGAAGAAAGGCAAGACAUGAGGUUCUCGAGACAAGUGGAGAAGUUUGAGGAUUGUGGCGCCCUGUUCCGAAGAGAACCAGCUGACCCUGAAGCAGAUUUUUAACCGUCCUAAGCACCAUGUUUUUCUUCCCCCUCAGCUCUUCGUUGUUGCCUUUUCUUCGCUGGCAGGCAAACGCGGCUGUCAUGAAACUUCUUCACACAGAUUAAAGUAUAUAUUUUUCAACUGUCAAGGCUAGGAAGCUAGACCGCCUCAACAUUGGAGACGUUGCUUUGCCAAUGUACAUAAAUGAUUAUAUGCAGACGUUGUAUUUCUAAUGUACACCCGUACUUCUGUGUGCAAUUGUAAAACAAGAGAAUUGCAAUAUGGAUGUUUCUUUGUAUUAUAAACCUUUUACGCUCUUAAUGAAAAAUUACUGUUUAAUUGACAUACUCAGGAUAACAGAGGUUGAUGGUGUAUAAAGGUCCAGGAUUCUGUAAUGCUUUAUGCAGGAAUUGUGAAUCACAUCAAAUCCUUUUUUAUGUAUCUAUAUUAUGGUCAGAAUUUCUGAUAACGCACGCUCAGACUGCAAAACACAGACAGCUCCUCCUGCCCAAGGCCCACCAGAAUGAAUGACGCUUGGCUCUGACCCACGGGCUUGUGCAGGGGCCCUUCCCUCUGGACAGUGCUCGUCCGCUUCGUAUUCCGCCAUUGCUGUCCCGGGAGAGCACGUGCCAGGAGGUCCCACAAUCCGUAAGGUUUUUUUUAUGUGAAAUGUCUUGUCUUCUGAGAGCUCAGCUUAAGUAUUUUCAAAAAAGAAUAAAAUCUUUGCCUAUUCUUCUGUUAAAUGAUCAUUUUUGUCAUGCUUUGGUAGAAAGAUAUGUCUUAUAUUUUUCUCAAAAGAGUGCAGGUGGCUCUCUUGAUGCUCUGAUAGUCUUAAUGUGUGGUAAUUAAGUUCCCAAUUCUCACAAAUUUGGGAGAAAUAAAAGGCUGUGUUUAAUUUUUGUUUUUACCUUAAUCAGCAUUUGGGUGAGGUUUCAACAAGAUGCUGUUUUUAAGGAUAACCACUGAGACAAGGCUGAAUGCCGUGGCAGCCACUGUAGCUGUUCUGAUUGUCGGGCGGGCGGGCGGAGGGGGGGCAGCCAUGAAAGGCACUUAGAGGAGCAGGGAGCUCAAACAGCACAAUGGCCCAAAGUUUUUAUUAAAAAGUGUAUAGAAUUGGCCUUUUUAAAAAAGACAGAAAGAAAAGCAAUGUUGUAAUAUGCUUAACUGCUAUGCAGGAAAUGGAAGAGGGCAUUAUUCAAGCUUGUGAUACGCUGCUUCUGUUUUUCCAAAAGCACCAAGCUAAUUAGGAAACAAAUGGCUGUAAAAAAAAAUUAUAUUUCUGGCUUUGCUUAGCAAUCAGAUUUUGUCAAGGGUUUGGCCAGGGUGGUUUGGUUUUUUUUGUCUUGUUUUUGUUUUCGUUUUUUUCCAAGAGUAUAAGGUUUACACACGCAUUCUCAAUGUGACGCAAGCCAGCCAGCAAGGCCAAAAAUGUUAAAAGAAUAUAAUGGGAUCUCUUCCUUGUAAAACUUGUACAGUAUGUGGUGACUUUUUCAAAAUACAGCUUUUUUGUACAUGGUUUAGAGACAAAUUUUGUACAUGAAACCCCCAGACCAAUAGAUUAUAAAUAAUUCUGAAGGAUCUUAACUAGUUAGAAAUUUACGUAGUUGCUUUUAAACCAUUUUAAAAUAUAUUUGGGGUGGUUCUGUUUCUUUCUUCAGACUGUGCAAAGACUGGAACCUAGGUUUGCAUUUCCCCAUUGGUGACUUCUGUUCUGCAAGAGUUCUUAGUAACUUCUUGAGUGUGGUAUAUCUUGGAACAUGUAAAUCCUUUGCUUGUAACGUUAUCCUGUGGCUAGGGUGUUUGGCAGAGAGCUGGCUACCCUGUUUUAUUUUGGGUCUAAGUUUAAUGUUUUCUGCAAAGAAAAAGUGCACUGAACUCUCCACUACAAGUCAAGAUGUGGUAAAAUUUAAAAAUAUCAAGAAAAUUGCGAUCAAAUACUACUGUCAGUUUAAUGUCCACUGUGUUUUAUACAAUAUCUUUUUGUUCACUUUGGAAAUUUUUACUAAAAGUUGCAAAAAAAAAGUAUCGUGCAAACAAAUGUAAGGAAGUUUUUUGAAACUUGAAAUGCAUUAAUAAAUAGAUCUGAUGAAAUCA